UCGUUUUAAUUUUUUUAAAAAAAGCAGAUAAAAUUGUAAAAAGAAAAUUAAAAAAAAAGCCAAACUUUUCUCACAAUACAUAAAUUGUCUAUCCAAAUCUAAAUACGCGUAAAAGUAGUGCCAGAACAAAUAUUAAAAAGCUCCAAAUUCGACCCCACAGCAGACAAAUCCCCCCAAAAUCUCGCCAUAUAUAAAUCGAAAAACUUCUUGACUUGGUAAACAUUGUCCACCACAACUCAACCUCAUUUCCCUCAAUUCAAUUUUUUAGCAAAUUUCAAUGCUUUUCUUCCAUUUUUUCAUACCCAUUUACCCGUUUUUUCAUACCCAAUUACCCAUUUAGAGGAGUUUAUUUAUUGCAUUUCUGAACUGGGUCUUUUCUACCACUUUGACUGCAUUGGUUGAUUUGAUCUUCAAGAGUGUUAUUUGGUAAAACUACUUGCUUAUUUUUACUUGAUCUUGUCUUUGAUAUAUGACAUUUUCUGGGUAUUUGUUUAAUAAGCACUUAGCAGAGGAGUUUCAGUUUGUAAGGUUUGAGCGUGCUUGACUUAAAUUCCUAUUUUUGGUGGUAUAAAUUGAAUUAAAGUUUUGAUCUUUAUAGUUUUUUGUGCUAUUUUUGUAUAUGGGGUUUGAGCCAUUGUUUUGUUUAAGCAAAUUGAAGCUCCUGUAAUUUACAUUUAGUUGGGUGUCAUUAUUUUGUUGAUUUUAGAUCAAUUAAGUUUAGUUGUUGAUUUGAGUUGGAUUUUAAGGGUUUGACUUUGUGGGGUUGAUUGAAUUUGUGAUCUUGAAAUUAGAUCGUAAUUUAUGAGAUUAGAAGUUUGGUAGCAUUGGAUCUUGAUGUUAAAGAUAGAGGGUGUAAUAAAAAGAAGUUAAUUUGGGGAGAAAUAGAUGGGUAAUACUUGUGUUAGACCUUCUAUUUCUAGGGAUGGGUUUCUGCAAACAGUUUCAGCUGUAGUGUGGCGAAGCCGGUCACCGGAUGAUACAGCUUCUGUUUCCAAUGGAGGAAGCCAGCAUGACCCUACAUCCCCAUCUCUUGCCCCGAAUGCAGGCGAACCGCCUUUGCCAACCCAAAGUGAACCCCCUAGGCAGAUCACAAUGCCAAAGCCAGAAACCGAGCAAACCCUGGUAUCGAAACCAGAAGUUGAACCAAUGGUGAUACCAAAAGCAGAAGCUGAACCAGUAGAGCAAGCUAAACCUAAGAAACCCCCUCAGUUUAAAAGAGCACCCAGUGCAGGACUCCGAGUGGAGUCUGUAUUGCUAAAGAAAACAGGGAAUAUUAAGGAAUUUUACAGUUUGGGCAGGAAAUUAGGACAAGGGCAAUUUGGAACUACUUUUAUGUGUAUAGAGAAGGCUAGUGGAGAGGAGUUUGCCUGUAAAUCGAUAGCAAAAAGGAAGCUGCUGACUGAUGAGGAUGUGGAGGAUGUGAGGAGGGAAAUUCAGAUAAUGCAUCAUCUUGCUGGGCACCCUAAUGUUAUUGCAAUUAAAGGGGCUUAUGAGGAUGCUGUUGCAGUUCAUCUUGUGAUGGAACUCUGCAAAGGAGGUGAACUUUUUGAUAGGAUCAUUCAGCGUGGGCAUUAUACAGAACGACAGGCAGCUGACCUUACGCGGGUUAUAGUUGGUGUUGUGGAAACUUGCCACUCUUUGGGAGUUAUGCAUCGUGAUCUGAAACCAGAAAACUUUCUUUUUGUAAGUCAGGAUGAGGAUUCACCCCUUAAAACAAUUGAUUUUGGACUAUCAAUAUUUUUCAAGCCAGGUGAUAAGUUUACUGAUGUGGUUGGGAGCCCGUACUAUGUUGCACCAGAAGUACUACGGAAACGUUAUGGUCAAGAAGCAGAUGUUUGGAGUGCUGGAGUCAUAAUCUACAUCCUACUUAGUGGAGUACCUCCUUUCUGGGGAGAAACCGAGCAAGGGAUAUUUGAACAAGUUCUGCAUGGAGAUCUUGACUUCACCUCAGAUCCUUGGCCUAGUAUCUCAGAUGAAGCAAAAGAUCUGGUCAGAGGAAUGCUUGUUCGUGAUCCUAAAAAGCGACUGACUGCGCAUGAGGUUCUAUGCCACCCUUGGGUGCAGGUUGAUGGUGUGGCACCUGACAAACCUCUUGAUUCUGCUGUUUUGAGUCGUUUGAAGCAGUUCAGGGCCAUGAAUAAACUCAAGAAAAUGGCUCUUAGAGUGAUUGCAGAUUGCCUAUCUGAAGAAGAAAUCGCAGGCCUCAAAGAGAUGUUCAAAAUGAUAGACACAGAUAAUAGUGGCCAAAUCACUUACGAAGAACUCAAGGUCGGACUUGAGAAGGCUGGUGCAAACCUUAUGGAGUCUGAAAUUUAUGAUCUUAUGCAAGCUGCUGAUGUUGAUAACAGUGGAACAAUUGAUUAUGGAGAAUUCAUAGCCGCAACAUUACAUCUUAACAAAAUUGAAAAACAUGAUAAUCUAUUUGCAGCGUUUAAUUACUUUGAUAAGGAUGGAAGUGGUUAUAUCACUGCAGAUGAGCUCCAGCAGGCCUGUGAGGAGUUUGGUAUGGAAGAUGCACGGUUGGAAGAAAUGAUUAGAGAAGCUGAUCAAGACAAUGAUGGACGUAUCGACUACAAUGAAUUUGUUGCAAUGAUGCAAAGUGGCAAUCCGAAAGGAGCUCCAGGCAAGAAAGGCCAAGAGAGCAACUUUAACUUCGGAUUGAGAGAAGCUCUAAAGAUAUAAUUGCAUUCUCUGGGGAUUCGAGGAUAAGUUUUGUUCUAGUUUUGUUCUUAUCGACUUUCUCCCCUCUUGGUAAACUCUUUAAUCUCUAGUAAUUUAUGGUUAAAUUAUGUUAAAAAAGAGGUUGUAUAGCGGAGCAUGCUCUCAAAUCAUGGCUUUUAGUGUAAUCAGCAGAUGCGAUUCCAAUUUUUUGAUGAAUUUUGCAAUUAAGAAAUGGAUUUUAACUGGAGUAUAUACAGGUUGAUGGAAAAAAGUCAAAUGUAAUGAUUGAUGUGUGCUUUUUAA